ACAAAUAUUCAGUAAGUAUGGCGGACGAUCGAGUUGUGUUUUGCAAAGAAGAUCUUCCCAUUGCGGCCUUCCCAAUUAUUGUUGACAUUAGAAAGCAAGGAAAGCUUUGUGAUGUUACACUCAAGGUUGGAGAACAGAAAUUUUCCUGUCAUCGCAUCAUUCUGGCGGCCACGAUUCCCUACUUUAACGCAAUGUUUACUCACGACAUGGUCGAAGCCAAGCAAGACGAGAUAAGCAUGCAAGGCAUUGAUGCAAGUGCUCUGGAGUCGCUGGUGAACUUUGCGUACACGGGGAAGGUUGAGUUAGACCAGAACAAUGUUCAGUCCCUGCUCAUCGCCGCCAGCUUUCUACACCUUCAGAGUGUCAAGGAGGCAUGCUGCGACUUUCUCAAAGAAAGACUUCACCCACAGAACUGUCUGUCGGUGCGGGCGUUCGCUGACCAGUACAUGUGUUCGGACCUCGUCGAGUCGGCCAACAAAUUCAUACAGAACAGCUUCAAGCAGGUGGCGGGCACGGAGGAGUUCCUGGGUCUGGAUCGCGCGGACCUCACUGACAUCAUAUCGAGAGACGAACUCAAUGUGAACAACGAGGAACAGGUGUUUGAAGCGGUGAUGGCGUGGGUCAAACACGUGAUGAACAAACGGAAGGAACACCUACCCGAGUUGAUGGUCAGAGUGCGACUACCGCUGCUGACUCCCCAGUAUCUGUCAGACAAAGUAGCAACAGAGGAGCUUGUCAAGAGUUCUUUACAGUGCAGAGAUCUGCUGGAUGAGGCUCGUGACUAUCACCUGAUGCCGGAGCGACGGACGCUGCUACAGACGUUCAAGACAAGACCGCGGUGCUGCACGGACAUCCCCGGAGUCAUCUACGCAGUCGGUGGACUGACAUCGUCAGGAGAUUCUUUAAGUACUGUUGAAUAUUUUGACCCGGUCGUUGGACGAUGGAUUGUUGCUGAAGCCAUGAGUACAAUGAGAAGUAGAGUGGGCGUGUCAGUACUCAAUGGUCUUCUGUACGCUAUAGGCGGCUACAACGGAUCGGAGAGACUGUGUACAGUGGAGGUGUUCGACCCGGACUCGCAUCGCUGGAAGAAAGUCGCAGCCAUGAACUGCAAGAGAAGUGCUCUUGGUGCCGCCUCGCUCAACGGAAAGCUGUUUGUGUGUGGUGGGUAUGACGGGGUGUCUUCUCUCAGAUCUGUGGAACUCUAUGACCCCAAGAACAAUGUCUGGGUGAUGUCGACCAGCAUGCACAAGUACCGCAGUGCAGCCGGAGUCGCCAUUCUUCACGGGGAAAUCUACGCUUGUGGCGGACAUGACGGCUUGUCCAUCUUUGACUCUGUUGAGUGUUUCAACAUGACCACGGGACUGUGGAGAACUGUGGCCUCCAUGAACUCCAAGCGCUGUCGUCUCGGUGUCGCAGCACUCAAUGGACAGCUGUACGCCGUAGGGGGUUACGACGGCGCCAUGUUCCUCAAGACGGUCGAGCGCUAUGACCCCACGACCAACACAUGGGAGUACGUCAAGCAGAUGAAGGUCAAGCGGAGCCGCGUUGCAGUGGCAGCGACCUACGGUAAAGUGUAUGCGAUUGGUGGAUACGACGGACAGGCGAACCUCAACUGUGUGGAGAUGUACGACCCUUCGACCGACACCUGGUCGUUUGUGUCAUCCAUGAGCGCCCACGAGGGAGGGGUCGGGGUGGGCGUCGUCCCCAUGGAAAACUGUUCUAUGUGAUGUUCACCAGUCAGUGAAACCAUACAACAUAACGUCAGUUUAUAGUCCCAAUGAUUGAUCCAGGGGCCUGUACCCUCCCUCUAAAAUUUACAACAGUUGUAUUUUUAUUCAGGUUUUGGGGUUUUUUUACCUUGGAGAAGUCAAGGAAUCAUGUCAUUGGGGCCUUCCCUAAAUUGGUUUUCUGGAUCUGCCACAGAGUCCCCUACCCCUUCCCAUACAACCCGGGUUUUUUUUUUUUUUGGGGGGGGGGGGUUUGGCAUUGUUGGCAGCUUCUAUCUCUAUCAGAAGUGCUCAAAUGACUCUGUCAGUUGAUUUCCAAAGUUAUAAUCAACAAAACCAUUAUGCGUAAGAGUUACUUUCCAUAUUUUCCUUAGUAGACCUUUCAACUAAACAAAAGAAAUAGGUUUUCCGCUAAAUUAUUACUGCUAUAAGUAUAUGUAGGUAUGAAUGAGAAAAGUUAAAGUAGUACUACCAUUGGUUUGUGGAGCCAGGAGCCUAGAUUUGAGACACAAAAUUCAAUACAUAUAAUAUUUAUUUAGUGCUGAAUUCUAGACCAGGGGCCUAAUUCAUUAAAUUCUCGUAACUUUGCGAUCUCCCAGUGCAGUGCUAAAAGACUUGCAAAGAGGAUCCUUUGUUGUCUAGCCUAGAGCGUAAAAGAGACCUUUGUGAAUUAGGCCCCAGAAUUUUUUUGAUUUUUUGUUUUUCACUAAUUCACUUAACUCUCGCAACUUUGCGAUCUCGCAGUGCUAUGCUAAAAGACUUGCAAAGAGGAUACUUAGUUGUCUAGCAGAGCCUAAGAGACCUUUGUGAAUUAGGCCCCAGAUUUUUUAUUAUUUUUUUUUUUCACUAAUUCACUAAACUCUCUCAGCUUCGCAAUCUCGCAGUGCUAUGCUAAAAGACUUACAAAGAGGAUGCUUUGUUGUCUAGCAGAGCCUAAGAGACCCUUGUGAAUUAGGCCCCAGAAAUGUUAAUUAAAUAAUGUGUGGGAUG